AUAACCUACCCGUCCACGACCUCCUUGUAGAAACUGGAAAGGGAGAAAGGAAACCAUCGCGCUGUCCAACCGGCCGGCCGUCCGUCCGUCCAUGGCGUCACCGCCGGUCCGGCAGUGGGGGGAGCUGCAGCACGACCUCCUUGUCUCGAUCAUGUCCCGCGUGGGCUCCCCCGAUCUACUUUCUGGCGGUGCGCCCCGUGCCUGCUCCGCGUGGUGGGGCGCGGCCCGCGACCCGCUCGCUUGGCGCCGCGUUGAUCUCCGGGACUGGACAGCUCUGACCUCUGCCCGGCGCGCGGCAGGAACCGGUGGGACAAGCAGGCGCGUAUCCGUCCAGGACGAUCUAGCCGGGGUCCUUGAGAUCGCCGCGAGGAGGGCAGAUGGUCGGAUGGAGGCUGUGCUCCUCCCUGAGUUUGCCGAUGAAGAGCACCUCCUGUUCCUCGCUGAAAGGAGUCUGAACCUGCACUAUUUCAGCUUUCCAACCACAUGUAUGACUUAUGAUCAGUUCUGCAAGGUCAUAGGCAAACUUCAGUAUCUUAGAGGCAUGGCGGUGGAUGAGAGUCUUAUUAAUUAUGAUGUCCUCCUCCAUGUUUAUCAAUGUUGCCCAAACUUUCUGGAAUUGAAAGUGUUUGCUGUUUACGUGGAUGAAGAUAUGGCCUCUAUAAUUUGCGACUGUCUUCCACGUCUGAAGAAGCUUGAGAUACCAAACUCCGAUAUGUCCUGUGCUGCAAUAAUAAAAUUCCUUGAUUGUCUAGAGGAGCUGGAGUAUAUGGAUAUAUCAGGUUAUGAGACCUCGGUCAUCUCAAGUAGUGUCCUCCAUAAAGCUUCACGGCUUAAGGUCUUUGUCUGGAACUCAAAAUUUGAGCUUGGAGAGUUCAAGGACUGCUCAAAUUGUGGAGAACACUCCAUUAAUCCUCAAGAGCCCUGUAAGUGCACCAUAGAUCACAAAGUCAUGGACUGGCUUGCUGGACCAUUGCAAAUUAACUGAGUCCUGAAACCAGAGCAUGCAUGUGUAGUUUCUGUUGUUAAAUUAAGAUCAUUUCCUUUUCAAAUUCCAAACUUCUUGAAUUUUCUGUUUGUGUUGGUUGUACAAUGAGAGAAUACAUUUGACUGCACAGUUGAUACGACAUUCAAUUUGCUUGCAUGACUGUUCUUCUUUUGAAA